AUGAGCCCGUUCGUGAACGCCAAGCUCGUCAUGAGCUGCAGUCUGGCGCCAUGCCACAUUCACGAUGCGAAGAAGGGCCUCGAGGAGCAGCUCAACCUCAUGCUCAUGAAGUACUGCGACCCGGUCGAAGGCGUGAUCCUGGCCUUCAACGCGAUCACGCUCUUGAACCCGUAUGGCCACAUCAUCAACGAGACGCCGUACAUCCACGUGCGCGUCGCUGCGGAUGCGCUUGUCUUCCGGCCGACGCCUGGCAUGCAGCUCUCGGCGGUCGUCAACAAGGUUGGCAGCAACCACAUUGGUCUCCUCCUCGCCGGUGUCUUCAACGUCUCGAUCGACUCGACCGAAAUGCCGGACGGCUACGUGCACAACUUUCAGGAGGAAGCCUGGGUCGGCGACGACGGUGUCACGAUUGAAUUUGGCGCCGAAGUCGCGUUCCACGUCCUUCGCGUGCACCAAGCCUAUGGCGUCAUCUCGAUCGAUGGCAGCAUGCGUCCGAUCAAGAAGACGUCGACCAAGAAGCGCAAGUCGAUCGAACCGGCGGCCGUCGUCGUGACGGAAGUCAAGAAGGUCAAGAAGGCCAAGAAGGUGGCGCAAGUCAAGAACGAGGACGACGAGGUCCCGACGCUCAAGAAGACCAAGAAGCCCAAGACGGUGGUCGACAACAACACGGACGACGUCGCGGUCGUUCUCAAGCCCAAGAAGAAGUCGAAAGCAUCCAAGACUGCAUAA